AUGAAGACUCUGCUUGCGGACCCGGCGAUCGCUUUCGUCUCCACAGGAGGUGUUCGAGAGGAGUGGCUGUGCGCGCAGGAGGAGUGUGGGAAGACCCAUGGUUCCAGUUUCAAGAAGGCAGUCGAGCACGUGCAACAUAUCCGGUUCUCGGACGUCAUGGCGGAUGUGUCAGGGAGGCUGCUGGGGGUGACAGUGGAGGGAGGAGAAGAACCUUUUCGGUUAGUCGCGGCGUACCUUCCGGCGCAAGCCUGCAAUAGAGCAAGGUUUCACAGGGAGCACUUAGAGCCUUUCGUGCAGGCACAACCGGCCUUGAAGCACCUGGUGGUCGUGGGAGAUCUCAACAUAAUUGCUGAUCCAGAGUUAGAUCGGUCACCGGAAACAGGGUCGGGGAGGGAGAACCAGCGUUUCUUGGAUGCCUGGCAGCCUCACGAUCUUCGUGACGCGUUCCGCGCGCUGUUCCCCGCGGAAAAGGAGUACACCUUCAGGGUGAGAGCUACGGGGUCGAGAUCUCGCAUCGACAGGGCUUUGGUCUCAGCGUCGCUGUUAGGCAACCUGGUAGGAGCUCGUCAUGUGGAGGUGCCGAGGAAGCUGUCGGACCACAGUUUCGCCAUCAAGAUCCGGCUUAAAUUUGUAUCGGAGCACGCAUCCGGGCCGGGACUCUGGAGGUUUCACGCAACGCGGAAGAAAAAAGAGGGGGUGAGGAAAAUUGUUAAGGCGGUCGCGGAGGCGCUCAACCGGUCAGGCCAAGGGUCGCUGGAGAGGAUAAUCUCGAGGCUGUCGACGGGACUGCGUACGCAUGAGAAGGAAGAGAGGAAGAGGGUGACAGCGACGCAGCUGCAUCUGACGGAGGAAGUUGAACGGAUGCGACAUUUGGUCAUGGGCGGACCGACGGAUGACGCAACGAAGGCGCUGUUACUCACCAGGGAGGAGCAGUUGGAAGCCUAUCGAGAGAACGAACGGGAGAGGCUGGAGGUUUUUGCGGGGCUCAAGGAGGAACUGCAGGGAGAGAUCCCGUCACCCUUCCUGUCUGCCAAGGUCAAGUUGAGGAAGGAACGCACGGUGAUUGAGGAAGUGCGCUUCAAAGGGGAGAGUUUGCCGGCGGAAGCGGUAGUCAAGCUAGGGGCCACGUGGACAGAGAAGGAGGUGAAGGAGGCGUUGGAAGGGCUGCCAAAAGGGAAGUCACCAGGGCAGGAUGGACUCCCGGCGGAGCUUUUCAUAGAGCACUGGGAUCUGUUGGGGGGGGCCUUCAUGAGGUUUGUCAGAGAUUUCGAGGCAACGGGGACGUUACCAGAAUCGCUGACUACAGCAGUAACAGUCCUGCUACACAAGAAGGGGGAGAAAGACUUGCUGACCAACUACAGGCCGAUAACGCUGCUUACGACGGUCUACAAGGUACUUGCGAAAGUGCUGGCGAACAGGCUGAAGCAAGAGCUGCAUCAUAUAUUCUCGAGGGAGCAACACGGGUUCAUACCGGGUCGAAGUUUGGCGGACGCGGUGGCGUUGGUAGCAGAUGCGAUUGAAGCGGCGGAUAACGACGGGGAGGACUGGUACCUCCUGCUGGUUGAUUUUCAGAAGGCGUAUGAUACUGUAUCGCGGCCUUUCCUUUUGAAGAUGCUGGAGAAACUCGGGCUGCCGGGACAGUUUGUCAAAUGGACGGCGGGCCUGCACAAGGGUUCGUGGACCAGAUUGGCAAUCAACGGCUGGUUAGGCGAACGAGUGGAGAUGCAGAGGGGGGUGAGGCAAGGAUGUCCGUUAGCGCCUUAUGUUUUCCUGUGCGCUCUGGAGCCGCUCUGCGCGGAAAUCAGGAAAAGAGGUCUGGGGAUCAAGGCGGAAGGCGGGGAGGCUGUGUCUUACGUAGGGUACGCGGAUGACACCUCCUUAAUCCUGAAUGGUGAAGCUCAGCUGCAGGCUGCGGCGGGGGCCCUCGACUGGUUCGGGGAGCUGUCGGGGUUACACAUCAACAGAGACAAGUCGAUUAUCAUGCCGCUUGGAAGGAACAAAGGCAGAACGACGUUACCGGGGGUGACGUUCAAGUGGGCGGAGACAGGAGUCCCAGAACGGUUACUGGGGGUCUGGGUGUCGCCGGACGGAGAAGCAGGCCCAUCCUGGGAGAAGGCUUGGGAAAAGGGGAAGAAGGAGUUAGCAAAGUGGGAGAGCCAUCAUCUGCUGACAGCUGCAAGGGUGACGAUUAUCAACAAUUACAUUAUGCCGAUUCUCCUGUUUCAAGCGCAGAUUCACCCGCCGCCGGAGGAGCUAUGGGAGAAGAUGCGAAAGACAUGUGACAACUACGUAUCAAAAGGGGAAGCAAUGGCGGAGAAGAUAUUCGUAUUGUGGAGCGGAGAGUUGGCUCGCCUGCCAAAAAAGGAAGGUGGACUGGGGUUAGUCGACCCGAAGGAACGGAUUGACAGCCUGGCUAUACGGCAGGUGGGGAAAUUUCUCACGGAGCAAGACGUGACCAAACGGUGGUUGUCGGAGAAGGCGGCGGCGCUUCCACAGGGUGUGGCGACCUUUUUCGCCCACAAGUCCGCUGGAAGACAUUGGGGAAAAGGUAGCAAGAGGUGGAAGGCGAUAGCAGAAGUCUUCUGGGAGUCCCCGUUUGCAGACCUUCCAGCGCCAUCGAAUGGGUGGGAAGUCGAGCGCGAGAUGCUAUGCUUCAACCGGAAAAUUAUGUUCAAGGGAGGGAGCCCGUUCGGGAACCGCCAGGGGGCAGCAGGAAUCCGGACAACCAGACUGGGAGACCUGCUUACCACUAGGGGAGAUGGCAGCAAGGAAGUUAAAAGCGUCAAAGAACUAGCAGCAGAUUUCGGAAGCGUGGCAUCGGGGAGAUGGGCGAGAAAAGCAUAUGAGGCGAUCCCUGACGAGUGGAAGGCGAUGUUGACGGUGCAGAGAUCAGCAGGAGCAGUGGUGGCUGCAGCAAAGGUGGUGCGAACAUUUCUGGAACAGGCGCAGAAGUUUCUGUACUGGACGGUAAAGGGGGUCAAGGAGUAUAACCCCGGUGACAGUAAAAGGGGGGAGAGUGCUUGGUGCGAUGGGCGAGCCGAGAGCGAAGCUGUGCCUGACAUCGCUGGUAGGAGAAGAUAUGAGGCCGGCUGCGCCGAAAGCGAUUAG